AUGAAAAAAGAGCAAUACAUCAAGAUUCUCACCAACAACAUCAAGCAGUCUGCAGAGAAACUUGGCUUUGGGCACCAGUGGACAUUUCAGCACGACAACGACCCAAAACACAGCAAAAGUGGUGUCUUGGGUUCAUCAUGCAACAGAGUGUUGUACACUGACAGAAGAAUCUGUGCUCCCAAAGGCUCAUCAGUGAAUAUCUCUUCUAACUACAACAGUUAUGAGAAUAUCACUUCCAAAUUCUGGUUCAGUUCUGCACUUAGUCUCCAUUGGAAAAAUCCCACACUACCUGAGGACCUAAGUGAAGACUCCCAGUUUGCAGAUCGUGUUCAGGUCUUCGAAACAGAGAGAGUUCGCUCCACUUUAAGAAUCACUGAUCUGAGAGAGAGUGACUCAGCAGAAUACUGUUUCAAAUUCAAGACACAGAGUUUUGAAUGGACAAGCAGUCUACCUGCCACAACGCUGACUGUCACAGCUUUACAGGUGGGGGUGACAAGAAUAUUAGCCAACCAGUCUUCUACCUAUGCAGACCUGGUGUGUCUCAGCAGCAGCUGCAUCACAGCUCAUGGUUUGUCCUUCACCUGGUUCAGGAACGGAGAGACAAAUAGUUCCUGGCCAGAGACGACUUUCUAUAAAGGCUGGAUUUCUCUUGAAGAAGAAAUCUCCUGUGCUUUCAGAGGACAUGAACAGUUUCCCUCUCCACCAGUCUAUGCUCCAAAGGUUCCCUCAGUGCUGGUGACUUCCUCUGGUGAGAUUCUGGAGAAUAGUUCAGUGACUCUGACCUGUAGCAGUGAUGCUAACCCAGAGGCUAAAUACGCCUGGUACAAGAAAAAUGGAGAUCAAGACGUCCAGCCACUCAGUAACACGUCACAACUUGUCUUCAGCUCCUUCCAGUCCUCUGACUCUGGAGAGUAUUACUGUGUAGCUGAGAACGUCCUCGGGAAGAGAACAUCCAAGCUCCUCUUUGUUGAUAUGAAGUAUAAAUCAAUGAUGGUAAUAAAUGCCAUCAGGUUGGCUCUAAUGGCUGUGAUCCCGAUUCCGCUACUCCUUUUUAGUCUGUGGAUGAGUCAUUGCCGAAAAAAGGCGACUCUGAGCUCCACCCCUGAACCAAACGAACCUGAAGGAACUGCAGAGAUUGAGUCCGAUCCUGAUAACAUCAGCACCUCCGCCUUGAACAGCAUACCUGCAGUAAAGCCACAAGACAUCGAGGAGCAGGAAACUCCUGUGUGAAGAUGCAGUCGAACCGGAGUGAUGGCGUGUGGAAGAAAAACUGAAAAAUUCCAACAUUGCAGCGGUGGAGUGAAGAGCGAGUUUGAAGAGGCUGUAGGGGGGUGAAUGGGAGCAGAAUAUUUUCAUUGAAUACAAGCUUUGAUUUCACAUGUGCAGUUAUAACACAUAUAUGUAUUUUAUGAUGUGUAGGUAUGAUAUAUAUGUAGUUUAGGAUGUGCAGGUAUGAUAUAUAUCUAGUUUAGGAUGUGCAGGUUUAAGGUGCUGUGUCCACUAAUGCCUGUUUUCUAUUCAAACCAAAUUUAAAUCAGCGUACAAUUUCUAAAUCUAGAUCUGCUGCAAAUGCAAUGACAACACAAUGUCUGUCAAUAGUUUUCACAGUUUCUUGUGAAGACGCCAUUGAAUUAAAUUUAAUAUGAAGCUUAAAGAGGAUUUUAAAAACAGAACUAACGGUCUCUACUAGAGAAAGAAGAAGUGCCACCGGACAAUUUUCAUAACCUAACAACAGCAAAUGCUGGUGAGAAGCGUUCUGAAAUUGAGGUCGUUGGCGCAGCCUGCUCAAAGAAAAAACAUCUUAGUGGACACAGGUUUUAAAAUAUAUGUUUAGUUUAGGAUGUGCACAAGCUGAUCAUGACAGGGAUGGUUGUGUACCUUAUACAGUUAGCACUGUUGUUUAUGUUGUGUGCUUUAAUGUGAUGACAAAU